AGCUUGUAUGUGUAAAAUUAGCUAAUCACAGCACAGAAGGUGGGGUUUAAUUAUGUGUUUAUUUUCGCCACCCGGAAGUCCUGUAAGUGGAGAGAUUUCACGUUCACAAUGAGCUCUCAAAGUUUAAUCGUACAAAGAAACGGCAGACAAUUGCUGCGGUUGUUAAAAUACGCCUCUCGCGGAGAACAACCUGGUUUUUAUCCACCACUUCCGGUAACGAGUGUCCACACGUGCGCAGGAGACGUGAGGUCACAUUACAUCACCACUCCGAUCUUUUACGUGAACGCAUCUCCUCACGUCGGACACGUGUAUUCCGCCGUGAUAGCUGACUGUCUACACAGAUACAAGCUGCUGCAGGGGUUUAACUCCAAGUUCGCUACAGGAACUGAUGAACACGGGCUGAAGAUCCAGCAGGCGGCGAGUGCGGUGGGUAAAGAGCCGCUGCGUUUCUGCACAGAGGUAUCGGACAGAUUUCAGGAUGUGUUCAGGAGCUGCAAUAUUGCAUACACGGACUUUGUGCGGACGACGGAGGACAGACACAGACGGGCGGUGGAACAUUUCUGGGAUAAGCUGCUUGAUAAAGGCUUCAUCUAUAAAGGCACUUAUGAAGGCUGGUACUCCACACCAGAUGAGAGCUUUCUCACAGCCAACCAGGUGACUGACAGCACAGACUCCAUGGGCAGAGACAUCAAAAUCUCCACUGAGAGCGGACAUAAGGUGGAGUGGAUGAAGGAGCACAACUAUCUGUUCCGCCUCUCUGAUUUCCGAAGCAGGCUGCAGGAGUGGUUAAGGUCGAACCCUAAAGCCAUUCAGCCAGAGAAGUUUUACCAUCUUGUCCUUCAGUGGUUGGAGAGCGAGCUUCCUGAUUUAUCAGUUUCUCGACAGAGAAGCCGUCUGCAGUGGGGCAUUCCGGUUCCUGGAGAUCCUGAACAAACUAUCUACGUGUGGCUGGACGCUUUGGUGAACUAUCUGACUGUUGUGGGUUAUCCAGAGAAGCACUCACAGUGGUGGAGUGCUGUCCAUCACGUCAUAGGCAAAGAUAUUUUGAAGUUCCAUGCGAUAUAUUGGCCGGCGUUUCUCAUGGCUGCAGAAAUGCCCCUUCCUCAGGCCAUAUACGUGCACUCACAUUGGACGGUGCAGGGAAAGAAGAUGUCUAAGAGUCUUGGAAAUGUAGUAGAUCCCCUCGAGAGCGCACAAAGGUUCACAGUGGACGGCCUGAGGUACUUUCUUCUCAGGCAAGGUGUUCCAGAGACUGACUGCGACUACGACAAUGACAAGGUGGCGAAGUUGUGCAACAGCGAACUGGCCGAUUCUCUCGGCGGUCUUCUCAACCGUUGCACUGCGCUCUCUCUCAACCCGGAGCAGGUUUAUCUUCCGUUCUGCAACAUCUCCUUUCCAAAAGACUCCAGCGGAAGAGCUGUGCUAGAGGAUUACAAAAUGUUGGAGGGUAUUUCAAGGCUACCGGUUUCAGUGAAGCAGAACUUUGACAACCUGCACGUAUAUAAAGCGCUGGAAGCCAUCAGCACCUGCGUACGGCUGACCAACAGCUUCGUCCAAAGACACGCGCCGUGGAAGCUCGACUGCACCGAGUACAAGGAUAAACUCUGGCAUGACACCAUACUGCAUGUGUGUAUGGAGUGUCUGAGGAUCUACGGUGUUCUCCUACAGCCCGCUGUGCCAGUCCUGGCAGAUAAAAUCCUGUCCAGGCUGGGGGUGAGGGCUGAUCAGAGAAGCUGGGAUCAUGCACUCGAUUUCCUCUCAAAGUACGAAGGAAGACAUUGUCCUUAUGAAGGACGAGCGCUAGGUCUAGACACCGGAGUGCUUUACAGUCGUAUCGAGAGAAACAAACCGAACCAAAAAAGUAAAAAAUGACCCAACACACAAAAAGACGAGGUCCAAGUAAAGACUCAUGUCUCGUACACAAAAGUAUGUACCAUGAAAGCUGGAAGAACUCUAAGCACUGGAGAUGGACUGCAGGAAAGCUUGGUGAUGGUUGUACACAGUUAAUUUGGCUCAACUUUGAUAUCCACUGAGAGCUCAAACUGUCCUGAUUGUUAAGCAGGUAUCAUUUUCCCUAAACGUAUUCCAUCAGCCAAGAUGUGAUUAGUGUUUAAUGUGCUCUGUGAAAGCUAAUGUUCCUAAGAGGAAGAGUUUGUCAGGGUAAUCAGUUACUCCAGUUUGGAAGGAGGCUUUUGGGGAACAUCCUAACUUUGUAUCACUGGGCAUCAUAUACACUUACAGACACACACACACCCUCCCUCACUCUCACACACACACACACACUCAUUCGCUCGCACAAUUUUGAAAAUCUAAUUCGGUCUGUGUGAGUGUGUUCCCCUGGAGUUUAUAAAAGCGGUCCAACUCUGAGGAAGCUGCUUCUGUGGUACUAGUUUCGCUUUAAAGAUAAUGUGUAUUAUAAUAAUAGGUGUAGUACAGUGUGUAGGUGCAGCAGUGCACGAGUUCACUCAUGAUGCUUAUUAUUGUUAUUAUUAUGUGAUGGUUCACUUGUCAGAGUCUGGGACAAGAUGUAAAAAUUGACAUGACUUUUUUUUUAAUGAGAAUACACGAAACUGAAAAAUUGUACAAAGUAAAAUAAUUAAAAGGAAAAAACCAAGACA